CCCAAAACAGGUGGAAACCUGCUGGAGCUGAGGCAGCUAAUGCAAACGUCUCUGGGUCAUGGACUAUCCUAUGACUGCAACCACCUGUCACUUGGCUUGGCCACAACCUUAAUUAUGCAUAACCUUAGGUUCUAACACAAAUUAAUUAGUUAUAGUUUAUCAGUUAUAUACAGUUGUCAUGAAUGGGGAAAUUAGCUAUAGAGACUGAAACUGUCUUUUGUAACCGGCUUUUUCUGCUUUCAAGUUGGACACUAACAUGAAGGUCUAUGGGGAUUGACUCACAUGUGGAGCCAGCAUCAAGGGGACAUUUGAGGAACUGCAGCUUUUGGCACUUAUACAUUGACUCCAGGGGCUGCAGUUUGGUGAAAACACCGGGCUGGUCCCACCUGUCAACUAGCCGCCUCCUCUCCGUCUGCUGAAUGGCUCACUGCGGCUUCUCGGAGCCCAGCGCUAAGGUCCAGGCGCCGCGGCCCGACGGUGUCCUGCCGCCGGCGCAGCAGCCGCCUCCUUCGGGCAGCGUGGACCAGAGCAUGAAGCCGGUGCUGUUUGAGAUCUUCGGCGAGAUUUGGACCGUCCAGUCGCGGCUCGGACAGGGAGUCUCGGCCUCGGUGUACCGGGUCAGCUCCGGCAGAGCCACCGCCGCCGUCAAGGAGUUCCAGGCCGACACUCAGGGAGGAGACUACGGGUAUCACAAGGAGAGAUCCGUGCUGGAGGACAUCCAGGGACACAAAAACAUCGUGACUCUGUAUGGUGUGUUCACCAACCACAGCGCUUUGGGUGUUGCCACUCGCUGUCUGCUGCUGGAGCUCCUGGAUGUCAGCGUGUCUGAGCUGUUGGUGAGAGGCAGCAGUGGUACUCAGGGUGGAAGACCCCAGCAGGGCCAUUCCAUGUGGCUUGUCCAGCACUGUGCCAGAGACAUCCUGGAGGCUCUGGCCUUCCUCCACAGAGAAGGCUACGUCCACGCUGACCUCAAACCACGCAACAUCCUCUGGAGCGCUGACGAUGAGUGCUUCAAGCUCAUCGACUUCGGCCUCAGCUUCAAGCAGGGAAACCAGGAUGUCAAGUACAUCCAGACAGACGGGUAUCGAGCUCCAGAGGCUGAGAUUCAGAACAGCCUGGCUCAGGCCGGGGUGGAGGUGGAGGGAGACUCAGGCUGCACAGCUGCCGUGGACCUGUGGAGCCUGGGCAUCAUCCUGUUGGAGAUGUUCUCAGGAAUCAAACUCAAAGACACUAUGCGCUCGCCGGAGUGGAAGGAUAACAGUGCUGCCAUUGUAGACCAUGUCUUUGCCAGCAACAGUCUGGCAUGCCCUGCCAUCCCCGUCUAUCACCUCAGAGACCUUAUCAAAAGCAUGCUGCUUAAUGAUCCAAAACAAAGAUGCACAGCUGAAACUGCCCUGCUGAGCCCAUUCUUCAGUAUUCCCUUUGCACCUCACAUUGAGGACUUGGUUCUGCUGCCCUCUCCUGUUCUGCGUCUGCUCAACCUGAUUGAUGACAGCCACCUGCACAAUGAAGAAGAGUAUGAAGAUAUCCUGGAGGACAUGAAAGAGGAGUGCCAGAAGUAUGGCUCAGUGGUUUCUCUGCUCAUCCCCAAGGAGAAUCCAGGGAAAGGACAGGUGUUUGUGGAGUACGCCAACUCCAGCGACUCCAAAGAAGCCCAGAGGCUGCUGACGGGUCGCACCUUUGACGGGAAGUUCGUUGUGGCCACCUUCUACCCUCUGAGCGCUUACAAAAGAGGUUACCUGUACCAAACCGUACAGUAAAAUCCUAAAGCUCAAUUUACACCUCUGCAUUAUUUGCAUGUUAAAAACACAACUGCACCGGGUGCCAAAAGGGAGGAAUCUUCUCCUUGUAAAAAUACUGACAGUCAUCAGUGGCUUUCCUGCAGUUUCAGUUAUAAGUGAGCAUAGUUAAAAGUCCUGCAUGUUUUUCAUGUGAGUUACUACAGUAAAUCUGUGUUUUCAUGCAGAGUGUAAAUUGAACUCGACUGUGAGGUGCUUCCACCUCCUGUCUGUGAGCUGCUCUUGUCAGUGCUCAUCCAUCCAGUGCUUCAAGGUCUCUCUUACUGACUGCAGGCCUGAGGCUUGCAGUCUGGGGACAGCAGUUCCUGUUUGAGCUUCCUUUCACUCUCACCCUGUCCUAUAAUCUCUCAUAAGGGUUGCAAGAUUGAAAACCUUUAUCAGAUGUUGGUGAACAGUUUAAGAGCUCUACACUGCAUUUAAUAGCCUCUCUAUAGAUAAUUUUUUUGUGAAACACUUUAUCUCAUCAGUUGUGUCAGGGAUGUGAUUAGAAACUUGUAGCACAUUAACACCGAUGACUAAUGUUUUAUGUAUCAAAACGAGAAUCCUAAAGACAGAAAUAUGACAGUCGCAUCCCUGUGAACUGAAGAUUUCCUGUGGUGAAAACUAGUGUCUUAUAAUAUUCUUAGACUAAUAACAACUAUCAUUUUAUUAUUAUUGCCUAUUUAUAUUGGUUUAGCAUUUAGAGAAAAUGGCAUGGUACCAGGCUCCUCUGGCCAUUUUCAGGGAGAAAUGGUUUGGGUGGUGGUUUUCACUCAUAUCUGAGCAAGCCGAGGGCUCCCAGCACCCUGCCCUGUAGCCUUUUGCUUUGUAGCCUUUUUUAUUUACAAGUCAGAGUGCUCACAAGAUCAUUUAUUCAGCAUUCAACUAUGCUUCCCUUCAUGAGGACAUGCAGUAAGCUUUAUUUUUAUACUGUAACUCUGUAAUGGCACAUGAAAAAGUACAAAUUUCUGAACAUAUGCUGAUAGUGAUCAGAGAUUCAUUCAAGAACUAGCAAAUGAACAUGAUUUAGAUCAUUAAGAUCUUUUCUAGAGUCAGAAAAUGAGUCUAUGAACAAAAAUAGAACUUCCAACAGAGGUAGGAAAUGUCUAAAGUCGAGUGUACGUUCAGUUUACUGAGAACCAAAUAUAUCCGAUGCAGCUGUUGCUCUGCCAUGAAAGGAGGAGUGUAAAGCCACUAGGUGCAUGGAAUUUGUAGCAUCUUUCACAUUUUCAAAAGAAAUCCAAUUUUGUUUGUCAAAAAAAUGACUUGCUAUAAAUUGAUGACGUGUGUAUGUUUUCAAGUUCUACGUGUAGUGGCUUUAAAGGCUGAAGUAAGAUUUGUUAUUGACUGCUGUGCUAACUGCAUGGAUAAAGGUGUGAUGUUAGUUUUUGAGUACUCUUGGUUAGUUUGUGCAUGAACAUGAUGGAUAGACUGUCAGCCCAACACUGUAGCACUAUUGUCCUGUGGUUAAAACCGUCACCAAGGCGCCUGUGUUUGGAAAUGGAAGUGUUUUGUCCUCCUCUUUAGGAAAUGCUGCUAGUUGGAUGACUAGAUACUGAGUUAAGAAAUGUCAUAAAAUGUGUGAACUGAAUAUUUCUUGAUGCCAGCAAAAUUAUAAUUUGAUUACCUUCGUUGUAUUGGGUCCAUCAGGGCAGAUUAUUUUGGAUAGCAGCAGUCGUCAUGUUUCUGCAGUGGAAUGUACUUUUAGUUGUGGAACCAGAAGUUCUUUUACUCUCUUAUUUCUAUUUUUAUUCUUUUAGUUACACUCUGAUAACUGUGGAUACGUAUCAAGCUCGCUCUGAAACAUCAGAUAAUUUCUACACAAGUGCCCUAUGAUGUUCACAAGCUAGCUAACUAACCAAAAUGCUGCUAUAUCAACUGGUUGCGCUACAGCUGCAUGUGUUAUUUCCUUAUGUAGCCGAAGCCAUUGCAGAUGCCUUAGAAAACUACUCCCUUCCAGCAGAUUUAGCAACAAAACUGGACAUACAAUAACAUCUAUCACUGUUUCUUCAUAGAACUGCUCAUUGCUCAUUUUUCAGUAUAUUCUUUUUAAAGAGCCCAUAUUCUGAACAUCUACAAGUUUAGAAUUUUAUUUUUGGGGCCCACUAGAAUAUGUUUAAAUGCUUUAAUGUUCAAAGCCACAUCGUUUUUCCUCGGUGCAAUGCUGAAACACUUCCUCUCACUCUCUGUUUAAAACCCUUCGUUUUAGCUCCUGUCUCUUUAAGGUCCACCCGCCAGAAAAGCCCAGUCUGACUUUUCAUGAACAUUUAGGUCACAUGACUGCCCCGUUGUUUGUUUUGUUGUCUACAUCUACAGGCAGCAUAAAGCUUGUCAAAUGACAGCUGGCAAGAAAGAAUCAUUACAGCUUGUCUGAUUGAAAAUAUUUAGAUUAUCAAAGUUUUGUCUGUUUCUACUUCUUCAAGGUCUUUUAGCAGUUAGCAAACAGCUUGUUUUUCUGUUCCUCUACUCUAUAUUUAUGUGUGUAUUACAGUCAUUUAUAACGUCGCAUAUAGCGCCACCUUCUGAUGACACUAAACAGUCUAGUUUAUUCACUCCAAAGUAGCUAAUGGAAAGAAACCCAAUUACCCAAUUACCCUUUUUUUUUUUUUUUUUUUAAUAAAUAAAAUAAUUGCAGAAUUUGAAGUUUGCUUCAAAUUCGCCUGACAGUUAUGUGGAACAUGUCUGAUGUGUAUAAAAGAACUCUAGCAGAAGUGGCUCUAGUAAGGAAAUAAUGGCAGAUGAUGAAGUAUAAGGCAUACCAAACUAGGUGUUAUGCUACUAUGUUACAUGGUGACAUCGAUAAGUAACAGAAAUACAGCCUUCAAACGAGGCAUUUCAGGCAGGUAAGAAGUCGUGUUUUCUGUGGAAGAGAGUCACUCACUUUGACGUGGACUUUGAGUUUGCAAACCUUUUGUAUGCACAAAAAAGCAGCACUGAAGGAAGGGAGAAACCAAAAAAGCACAAUAUGGGCUCUUUAAAGGCAGGCUCAGUAAAUUUUACUGAACAGCUAAAAACAACUGAAAACAAAGAAAUAUCCGAAAUUCUGCAAAUUGACUAAAUAAUCAUCAUAGAGCCGUAUUCAUUGAAGAUGAGACUGCAGGCAAAAGCGCUGCUCAGUUUUGAGAUUUUGCAUUUUUUGAGAGAAUUUGUUUCUGUGACAUUCAGAGUUUCAGAGUAGUGGAAAGAAAACAUUAAAAAAAAUAUUAUUAGGUGUUUGUUGUCGUACAUAUCUUUAAAACACAUUUUCUCAAAGUGAAUUUUUCUUUUACUUUGAGCCAGAAAUCUUCACUUCACUGACAUACAAAAAAUUGUAUUUUUUAUUCUGAAAGUUGUCACAGAAGGGUUUGUUCACAUAUCAUUUACAGCCUGAUUUAUAGAAGAUUUCAUUUACGAAAACAUGCCGAAAAUAUUUUUUUUCUCCCAUGCUGUUGAGUCUUUUUUUAAGUGAUAAAAGUAAAUCCCCUCUGUUUAAACCUUUGACUCUUGUACAUCAGCAAAAUGAAACAAACAUUGUGCUGCGUAGCUGUAGCAGUAAAACAACUGAGUGUAACUGAGUAUAGCUGGAUCAGCAUUUCAUUGAUAAACAGAAGAAUUUGAUAUUUCUCUUGUAAAACUUACAAAGUUCUGCUUUGUAGUGUAAAGUAUAUGAAGAGUUGCAGUCGUAGAGCACAAAUAACGAGCCUGCCCUGUUUGUGUGAUGCAAGUAUAUGAGAAUAAUCACAUAUUGAUAUAAAAUAGAAAAAUGUUGAAAGCCUAUAGAUAAACAUAUAUCAGCCCUUUAUUAAAUUAUGCAUUGCCUCUUCCUGUCCUAAAAAAAAUCAUUUGAAUUAUACUAAAAUUAUGAAAACCUAGAGUUGGAGGGGAAAAAAUGUAAAACUCUACAAAAGAAUAUUUAUUUUUCUAAUAACUUUAUUUCUAUGUGCCUGAAAUGUGAAUUCCAAAGUUUCCACAUUAGUGCGUCAUGGACUAAAAAUCUAUAUUUAAAACCUAAAUUGGACUCUGUGAUAUGUGAGCAGAAUGAACAGUCUGAUUGGGUCUUUGUGAACUGUGGUUCUCAGAUAAGACAAGCUGAAGAGCUAUUGGUUCUUUAACAAGUAUGUCAUCAUUUGUCCCGUAGUUUGACAAGCUAAUGCAGAAAGUCAAUGUUAGUCUUUGAUUUUCAUGUGUGACCUGUGCAGCUCUGUGGCUAUCAUCUGCUUGCUCUGCAGAUAUAUGAUAAUAAUGUGUGUCGUUUUCUGUAGCAGUGCUGCAGUGGCUACUGUCCAGCACACUGCAGAAGAUAAAAAUAUGAUAAUGGAACCUAAAUGCUGUGGCUUCUAAAGCACUACAAGGAGAGUUUCAGUGUAAAAUCAUUGUGUUCAAUGAUGCAUGACAAAAUCUACAUGUGCAAAUUGCGCUUUGUGUUAAGUGCAGACUUGAAUGAUUAGAAGGGCUGUGUUAGUGAGUGUGUGCAGAAUCUGAGCUGUAUUAAGUCUGAAAAUUAGGGGAAUUGUUGGGAGGCUGAAGAAGCCUGCAGGUUUUGCUGACUGACACCUCAGUUGUUGUGAUCAAAAGUAUUUUAUAUGAGGCUUUAUUUUACUGGUCUGUAAAGUCUGAAUAAUUUCAUUGGAACUUAUAACUCAUAAUUUUGAACAAAUUCUUCAGAAAGUAGAAAACAUUCUUGGAUACCAAAAGAGCUACAUUCAGAUUGAAAAGUCUUGCUGUUUUCUCACUUAGACUUGGCAAGCAGGUGGAUAGGAAGAUGAAAUACUACCAAAGACAGCGUCUUGUGGUACUAAAUUCAGUCGAUGGUAGAAGAGAAUAGAAAAAUAGAAGUUGGGCUGAAUUAGGUGCUCCUAUGGCAGUCAUCCUGGUUGAAGUGACACGUGGUCAAAUCUCUGCUCUCCAUACGUCUAUGUAAAACAUGCUGGUUUUGUGUGUGAAGAGGGAGCAGUGAUUUGGAGAAGUGGUCAAACCUGUGUCUUGCUCACUAGGUGCUCAUCUCAUCUCCUUUCCCGACAGAUUUUGUUGCACUUGCAGUUCAAGAGCAUCGUUUCAGGUUGGUUUCAGUCUCCGCUCUGUUUUCAGCCCUGUGUGUACGUGUAAAGCACAACCCCAAUCUUGAAUUUGAAACUGAAUAUAAGUUUCAGCCCACAGUGAACUCACUAAAUCCAUGGUGAUUUUAUAUUUCCUGUUUAUCUCGCCCAAAGCUUUUAAAUAAUAUGAAGUAGAGCUUGGUCAUUGUGAGCGUGAGGACCUACAGUUGUCUCACUUCUUUGGUCUUAGAAGGGUCCUCAGUCCAUUAAUUGCCUUUAAAGUGUGGGUCGGCAGUUUUUGUGUAUUUACUUUUGCGCGUCAUUGAGCGAGAAUUCCAUAGCAAUAUUUUAUCGUAUUGUAAUUCAAAUGGUCUGAGAAAUACCCAGAUUUCUGCACCUCCUUUUGGCUCCCUUUUUAGGCUUUACAAAAUUUUGCUUGUCUUGGGGGACUUUAGCCAAUCACUGUUUAUUUCACCAGUCACAUGAGAUACAGCAGUGUAAACAGCAAAGUCCACAGUGAGAGGUGGAUGUUGUGAAUGGGUUAAGCAGGGAACUUUCACUGCAGGGAGCAUGGUUUGAAUCCUGUUGGAUAAUCUUAAUACUAUUUUAUAAGGCGUGAUGCACCGUUAUGUUCUUGUAGCGUGUGCAUGUCUGAGAUUAGAGAGAAGACUGUGUAGUCUCUUCCUGUGUACGUAAUGCAACCUAAUUUCAAAAUCUUUCAAACUCCUGUAAUGUGAGCUUGGACUCAGGGUCAUCAUGACUGUCUUCUGGACACGUAAGCACCAAAAUUACAACAGGAAAUGAAAAAAAACUGAGAGGCACAGAGGCAAAGUGAAGAGAUGCCUAACUGAAAGAAAUCGAAACAAACUGAUUUAAACUGAAAACUUUAUUGACGUGACCAUCUACUGAAUCCACACUGCCAUCAUUAAAUGCACUGUCGUAUGAACAGUUUAUACCUGCUUCCCACAUUGGUUUGUCGAACUGUACAAUGGUACUGACUCUGUCAACAGUGAGCAUUAAUGUUAGCAGGACUUUAUUGGCUGUGUAUGGAGCUGUGGUUUCUGCUGGUGGUAGAUUAUAGCUGCACAGUAGAAUUAUAAAGUGACUGCUCCGAGUUUCUGAAUGAUUGAAAAUCGUAAUUAACUGAAGCAUCAGUAGUUUAAGAAAUAAACCGCAGAGCUGUGGAAUGGUAAUUUUUUUGGCUGUUAAAUUUUUUGAUUCAAAUAUUUAUUCAGGUUACAGUUCACUAGAGUUUUGUAUUAUCAAGGUGUUUGCUGCGUUCUGAUCCUGAUGCCGGUAUGAGCUGGAGGACAUGCAGAAGCAGCUGUUUUUGAGUUUGUUUACACAAUUAGCAUAAGUUCAGGUAAUCUUAUGAUUCGAUUUUUUAUAUAAUAUGAAUUUAGUUUUUCCUCUCUCGGUGUAUAUGGCAUAAUGUUUUGUUCCAAAUGAACCAUAUGUUACGCAAGUUUAAAUAAACCUUGCUACACAGUCUUCAUUUCACGCUGUUUAUACCCCACUAAUGUGAUACUAAUGGACUAAUCUAUUAUUUUUGCAAUGCGACACUGUGUUGUUAUUGCUCACUGCCACAGUUAAGAGCACACAGCAUAACAAAGUGUGUAUAUAAAGUCAAUCAACAUCAUUAUUUAGGUUCUCUUGAGCAACACAAUAAUCCAGUGAAUGCUGUCUGAAUGUACAUGUGUACUCUGCAAACAGGAUCUGCUUUUGUUUUAUUAUUUUAAUGGUGCCAAUCUGACAAUCAGAGUUUGAAAACCCCUUAUAUAAAACAGGCAAAAAUGGGAAACUCUCAUAAGUGAGAAGCUGGUACUGGAAAAUAUUGAUGUUCUUCUUGACAUUAUGGAAGCAAUUGAUUAAAAUAUACUUUCUGGUAACUCGUUACUGAACUGAUUGUUGCAGCAUUACUGCAGCCUAAUUUAUGUGUUUGCCAAUAUGACUGAGAUCAACAUGAGGAAAAAAAUAAUAGCACCUAUGUAUUCACUACUGAUAUUGUUAGCUUGUGCACUGUAUGCUAAAAAGAUCCCAGCUCCUAUAAAUUUUAAACUCUGUAGUCCUAAAGGCACAUUUUUGGUCUUGAAAUGGCCGUUUCUGUGUGGAAAGUUUCACCCGUCUUGUUUUAAUGUGGCAUCAAACCUACUCAGAGCAACAACCACUGGAGUAUUAGAAGUGUUGUUCAGCAGAGACAGGAAACAGUCCUGAGCUGUGUGCCCCUGUUUAGUGUUAAGCUGACAGCGGUUUUCUUCCUGAGUUUAGAAGAUGCCUUGUAUUGACCUGCACUGAAAGUCAGACACAGGAUUGGAUGCAGUGUGCUUGCAGGAACUUUGUUCCUUUGUCUACACACUUAUCUCCUUCUGUUCCUGCCAGACUCCAGAGUCCUCCAUCCUUCUUGUCUCUGAUUCAAACAAGACUCUUUGGUACUUAACUUUUGCAUCUUUUAAAAUUAAAGAAGAUGAGAUUUUUUCCCUCGGCUUUAAUGAAGAAUUCAGGUUUAAUCAACCUUAAUCAGCAGUAUUUCCCAUUCAUAUGGCUGUUGUGGAGAUUGUAAAAAUUUGGUGAAAUAGUAUCACAGUGGGCCAUUAGCUUUGUUUUCAGUCUACCCAAAGUUAAAUAGAAUAGAAUAUCCUUCAUUAGUCCCACAAAGUGAAAUUUGCUAGCAGUCAUAGCAGUGCAGCAAGUGACACGACAAUAAAUUAAACAUGUGAGAUAUACACUAUAUAUACUAUAGAAAUAAGAAAAACAGAAGAGCACAAGACACAGAAAUGUGCUGGCUGGAAUAGGCUUUUGCUAACUACAUUAGCUUUCAGUCCAACUGCCCUUGUUCUUUCUUUCUGGCUGAUGUAGAGGUGAAAUGUAAUCUCCAGGAUGUUGCAGAUUCAAUAGUCGUAGAUGGCAGCAGAGCAGUGAGCAGGAACACCUCCAGCUUCCUGGCUGUAGGGAGCUCAUGCUGACUGCUCCACUAAACACCAUUCAUACGCUGCUUUUUGAGAAUCCUUUUUUCAAAUAUCUACAACAGAGAUGGAAGUGCAAAGUUGGUGUGACCCGGUGUGCAUCUACCAUAUGUGUAGUAAAGAGUUCUUGAAGGAAGCAUUUCUAAGUUGUGAGGGUUGUCUACGUGAGAUGGAUAUGUAACAUUGUGUGUUGUACACCAUGAGUGUGUCUGUGUGUGUGUGUGUGGUGUUCUAGCUGAAUUUCUUUGUACCUGUUUGCUUGCAAAAGGCGCUCUAAAAAUCACGUCACAAUCACAAAGACAGGUGUAAGAGUCAGUUUGAUACUGAAGAGCGAAUAUGCAAGAGUGCAGCCAGCGAUCUACAAUCUGUCUGCAAAUCCUGUUAACAAAAGCACAUCAUUUAAGGAUAAUCUUGAAAUUCUUUACAGCACAGCAGAUGAAAGCUGAAUUGUCAAUAGAUAAUCAAAUAUUAUUCAGCUGCUUCAGUCUUCUCACACAAUAUGUCAAGUUUUUAUUAUUUUAAAUCACUAAGACCACUUUUGAUGAAACCAGUCAGCUAAAGGUGCAUAAAAACAAUCACACUACAACACUGGUUCUGCCUAUUAAUGUCCACCUGUUGGUUCAAUUUUGAGCUGUUGUUGCACUUAACCUUCUGAACCCUGAAGCAGUUUCUGGUUAUUUUUUGCUCCUGUCACAUUCUACUCACUGAAGAUUCACUUUUCACUGCAGUAUAAAGUCCUACACUUCUAUGGAAGCAGCACAGCAACAGCUACAAGUAGAGAUUUUGGAGAAAUAUUAUAAUUUUAAGCUUAGAUUUGGUUCUGUACAUUACACAUGAUUAGAUCAAGGACCAUCAGAAAGUUUAAAAUGCAACAAUUCUUUCUCUUUGUGCUGUUUCUAACUCUAAUAAAUGGUGUAGAUUUUACUGUUUUAAAAUUUUAAAAUAACAUGCCUUUUAAACAAAUCCAUCAGUGGAUUUUGGGGUUCAGAGGGUUUAUGUGAUGCAAAUUGACAAAACGUUUACUGCUGGUGGAAAAACUAGGGAAUAAUACAUGUCUGUUAUCCAUGUGAGUAUUUUUAUUAUUAUUAUUUUGUAAUUCUCAUUUGAAGCUGCAAUAAUUUAUUUGAUUUUGUAAGCUAUAAAAUGAAAACAGUGAUUUUAAAUGGGCUAAAAAGUUGCAUAAAAACCAGAGGACUUUAGUGAUACUUCUCUGUGGGUUUGUCACUGCUGAUGACAACUUUCAAAUUACACAUCAUCACUGGAUUCACUGGUAAUAUAAAAAUAUUAAUUAGUGCAGCUUUAAAUGCGUAUAAAAGCAGGACCCAUAGUUUUAACCUGUUUAUUUCUCAACAAUAAGUAAAUCCAUGUCUGACCUACUACUGAUGUCGAGUCAUGUUUGGGAAUAAAUACCAAGCAGCACAAGCUCUGAGAGCCGAGAAAUACCAAAUCCUGAAGGAACUAUCAGCCAAAUGAAACCAAAUGAUUUGGGGGGAGGGAGAACUUGCAAAGUUAUUAUCAUUUUGAGUCUGACAACUCCAAACUGUCAUGUCUUCAGUGUAAUCAUUCAAAAUGUCAAAAGACAAUCCUUAAGACUAAUGUUGCCUUUUAUUGGUUGAGAUCUUCCUUUGGUUAUGUUUGAACCAGUUUGGGUGAGAAGCAGUUUGAAUGUUGAGUAAAAGUUUCAACACUAGAUGGUGUUCCAGAGAACAAUAGGAUGUUUGAAGAAGUGGGAUGACUGAUUUGGCCAAAUGAAGCAUUUUAUGUUCAUGUCUAUUCUUGCUGAGCAGUCCUGCUAAUGAAACAUCCUGCAGGUCAAACUGGACUGAAGGCAAAUGAUUGUUACUCUUUGUUUUCAAACUUUUGCUUAGAGGAAGCACAAUGUGAGAAGGCCGCUGUAUGCAAGAUACACGCAACACGUAUGAAACUGUGUGAGUUAAUCCAUGCUUUAAAGCCUUCCACUUGAGAGCGAAUCAUGGCACUCAUGCCGUUGUGUUUGAGGAUCUCUUAAUAAAAAUGAUGCUUGACUUGAAA